UUCCCCCAGUCCCCACCGAAAUCUGGAGAGGCAUGGAGUGGCAGAAACUCAACUAUGAUAUCUAUACCCUGCGGCAGAUACGAAGGGAAGUGAGAAACAGAUGGAAACACAUUUUAGAAGAUUUGGGUUUUCAAAAGGAAGUGGAUUCUUUGUUGUCAGUGACUAAACUUAGCACCAUGAGUGAUUCUAAAAACACAAGGAAAGCUCGAGAGAUGUUGUUAAAACUGGCGGAGGAGACCAGUAUUUUUCCAACCAGUUGGGAGCUCUCAGAGAGAUACCUUUUCGUUGUGGACCGACUCAUUGCUCUUGAUGCUGCAGAAGAGUUCUUUAGAAUUGCGAGUCGAACUUAUCCCAAGAAGCCUGGGGUUCCAUGUCUGGCAGAUGGCCAGAAAAAACAACCCUACCUUCCAUUUCCCAGUCCCUAAAGGACAAGCUCAAAAGUAGAAUGGAGUUCUUCCACUGGGACUCAACAGCUAGCCAAAGUUGGAUGACUGGAUGUAGAAGAGAGUGAGCAAAUACAGGGCUUGCUAAGUGAGAAAUGAUUCUGAGUCCUACAGCAAUGGAAGGGCUUUCUGAGGACUUUAUGCUAAGAAAUGCUCUGGUUGCAUUGAAACACCCUGAUGCUUUUGCAUCUAG